AUGCACCACCAGUCUGAAGCCGUCGACGCCGCGCGCCAACGUGAGCGCGGUUGGAAUGCCAGCCCCAAUGUGCCAUCGAAGCGAGUGCUACUCACACACGCCCAACUUGAUCCUCGUGCCGCCUACCGCACUAUGAAGAAGGCUGAGGUGCGCCGUCUCGCGGCGCACCCGAUCCUUCACUCGAAGCGGCAAGCCAACUGUCUGAACGCAACAGGGCGCCAACGACGAGGUGUGCGAGUCGAGCCAUUGCCACUAGAACUCGUCCCAUGGAACGCAACUACCAAGAUGGACUCGCAACGUGUGGUGGCCUCUCGCCGACCAGCACCCAUGGACCGCCACGUGGUCGUUCAGGAGCGCGAAGCCCGCGUUGGACGGCUGGCCCGUCUCGUGUUUUUGCCAAUUGACCACAAGUUGGCGUGGAACACCAGCAACCACGUCGCCUCGUAA